AUGCGAUCGGUUUUGCUCGGGAUCAACAAGAAACUUACCUCAUAUAUCUUCAACACAUGCAAUGCUCUUCACUACGACUCUCCCACCAUAAUCUAUUUUGACGGCUCAACACUCAAAAGCAUACAAGGGGUAGACCAUCUGAGACAUAUCUUGGCAUACAUCUCAACCUCAUCAGGUACUGUUCAACCUCCAAGCUAUUAUAAUCUAUCGCCCACAGCAACCCUUGCAAGUGUGGUAAUGAGCUACCAACGACCAAGAGACUUUCCAGGUCAUAACAGGCCAACCCCGCAGCGUUUUCUUACCCCUCUCGGUUGGGCAGUCCGCUUUCCUGAUGGCCACAUAGUUUACGAGAACCGUAUGGGCAGACAGGGACCCCCAAGGGGUGGCUAUCCAUCUCCGAGUCAGUUCCCAGCCCGACAUCCAGGGCAGCCCCAGGGGCAGUACCCGGGACAAUCGAUGGGCGGUUUCCCAGGGCAGUCCCAAGGUCAAUAUCCAGGACAAUCGAUGGGUGGUUUUCCAGGGCAGCCCCAAGGGCAGUUCCCAGGACAAUUCUUUGGUCAAUCUCGAAGCCAGUCUUCAACUCAGUCCUCUAGCCUCGUCCCAGGCAUGGUCAUAACCCAGUCAUCCGGCCAGAUACCGGGGGUGACUAUAAUACAGCCCCUAGGCACAGGCCAGUCUCCAGUGUUCAUAUCCCCAUCUCCCGGGCAGGUCCUCGGCCAAAGCCCAGGCGGUCAACCCACGCAACAACCCGACGGAGGCUGGUCAGCGCCGCCAGGGCCGAAACCUCGCCAGCGCUUCCGAACCGGCCCUGAGCGGGUGAGGGUGGCUGAUCUCAAAGAGGAUGAGAUAGAUUGUCCGAUCUGCUAUCGAGAUUAUUACACUGGUGAUUCUGAGAACGAAUCGGAGGAUGCGGUGAGGAUAGCGUGUGGACAUAUGUAUGGAAGGAGGUGCCUGGACAAAUGGAUUCAGGAGAAUGAUACUUGUCCAACUUGUCGAGGCAAGCUGGAUCUUGUGAAUGCUGUCGCUGGAAAUCCAUAAGUUUGCUUCGGUAGGGGUUGUUCGGGCUGAGUGAGUACUGGGCGAGGGCACGCAUUUUGUUUAUAUCAAAGAGGGGCGCUGCAAGACCGAGGGCUCGGGAGUUAUGAAAGGAUUGAGCGUGUGUUGAUUUGAGUAAAUAAUGGUUAAUAGAACUCCACUCAUAUUGCAGGAUAGCAGGACGAUGAUUUGGUUUUUUGCUACUAGCUUAUUUGCUUAGCAGUAGAUAG